AUGUCUGUGGCCGCCGAGUGGCGAAAAAUUUUCCGCGCCCGCGCGUUCCUGCGCGCGCAGACAUUGAUCAGUGUCGGGGCCUACCGCGCUGGUCCGGUGUUCGUUGUUGCUUGUGCCGGCCGGGCAAACAAAAAAAAAAAAUUCGCCCGCGCGCUGCGCGCGCGGCAAUUUACCAAAGCCGGGGGCAACAUACAUACAGAGUCCGCCCGAGGCCGGUUUGCCGAUCGGGCAGAGUUUUUUUCUCCGCCCGCGCGUUGCGCGCGCGAACCUUGACGAGGGUCGGCGCUGAGGCAUCGCGCUCGGCGCUUCUGUGUCGGCUGCGGAAAAAACGAAAUUUUUCGGCCGCGCGCGAUGUUGGACGGGGCCGCGGCACCUCGUUCGGCGGUUCUUCGCCGGCUGCACAAAAACGCGCCCGGCGCUGCUUCGUCGGGCCCGACGCUGCUGCGCCGGGGGCGCAAAAUUUUUUUCUCGCCCGCGCGCUGCGCGCGCGAUUUUAUCAUGCUGCCGAGCCUGCGCCAGAUUGUUCGGCGCCUCGCCCCCCUUUGCGCUUGGCGAAAGUUUUUCGUCGCUCGCGCGCGGCGGGCUUUCAUGUUUUUCCUCGCUCGCGCGGCGCCUUACCGCCUGACGCUCAGGCGGUAACGCGCCGGGCGGAUUUUUGUCUUUUCAGCUUGGCAAUUUUUUUUUCGGGCUUGAAAAAAUUCGGGGCGCCCAUUUCGCGUAAACCUGGCGGGCCCCGCCCCCCCUCAUUUCGAGCAUGUGGUAGUUGCGCUCUUUCGCAACCCUCCCGGGGCCAAGAUUUUUUCUCUGUUCCUCGACGCAGCAUUUCUGCGAUUUUUCUUCGUCAGUCUCUUUGGGCCCGGCCCGCGGGCUUUUGAAGUUUGAAGAUAGAUUAGGCGGGCGGACUUUUGGGGUAGGGGGUGCGUGCCUUGCCAAGUAAAAAAACGAAGAAAGACGCUGGGCGGGUGUAGGAAUAAGUUGGGGAAGUGCAGCUUGGCUGCAAUUUGGGUGGUAGGUCGGGGCUGUGUAACUCUUCUCUGGAGAUGCGAAGCGGCGCGCGCCUCUUCGCAUCCCCACGCGCACAUCUGUAGCUCCCAGAAAUCGAUCGCUUGUCUGUCGUGGGGCGGGCGACGAUGCUCGUCGCUUCGAGCACGACCGCCAUCUCCUGCAGGUCCGAAACGCGCUUCGGGGUUUCCGGCGCUGGAUCUCCGUGUGAAGCGGAGCCGGACUAUAGAGGAAGGAAUUAGCGACGGAGACGGACUUUAGGGGCCAGCUUUGGGGGGCAAAACUAGCGAUGGAAAGUGGGGUCGGGUGCGAAAGGUCGGGCGUUAGAAGGCCGCGUCGGGCGGCGUGUUGGGGCUUCGUCGUCUAAGAUGGUCUUCUCGGAUUUCUCUCCACAUCAGGAGCCCCCGUACCAGAGAAAUGAGCAGGUGCGUGGACGAGG